AUGGACGGCUCAUCCAAUCGGCAGGGCAGCGGCGCAGGCCUAGUCCUCAAAACUCCGGAUGACACCACAAUCGAAUACGCUAUCCGCUUUCAAUUUCGUGCUUCCAACAACGAGGCCGAAUACGAAGCGCUCCUAGUAGGCCUUCGACUUACCCAAAGCUCGGGUGCCGAACGGCUGAUGAUAUGUAGCGACUCCCAACUCGUCGUCAACCAGGUCCCCAGAUCUGAGAACAGCCACGCCGAUGCUCUCUCUAGGCUCGCUUCGGCAACCGACACCCGUGUUGGACGCCACGUCCCCAUAGAUGUUCUCGCUCGGCGGAGCACAACCGAAGCCGAUGUCAACACCGUCCGUCAGGACCCUAGUUGGAUGGACCCGAUCCACGCCCACCUCACCGAUGGCACCCUACCAAUUGACAAAAUCGAAGCGAAGGCAGUACGACAACGGUCGGCUCGCUACCUCCUGUUGCAAGGCAUCCUCUAUCGGCGCAGCUACUCCCUGCCGUUUCUAAGAUGUGUCACACCACAACAAGGAGACUACAUCUUGUGUGAGAUACACGAAGGCGCGUGUGGUGACCACUCGGGAUCUCGAUCCUUGGCUUCAAGGCCGUUCGGCAAGGCUAUUAUUGGCCAACUCUCCACGCUGACACCACCCAGAUUGUGCAAAGGUGCGAUCUGUGCCAACGUUUCGGAUCUGUAUCGAAAGUUCCGGCCGAACCACUUAGUCCGAUGA